UGGCAAAAGCCGAACGAAACGAAAUGUCAAAUUGCGUGGUUGCAAGUCGCUUUUUCGCUAAUCAUUGUAAUCUUUUUGCUAAUUUAAGAUUAUUUACGUUGAAAAACCCAAAUAACUUGGUUUCUACUACCUUCAAAAAGAAAUUAUAUUCUACUAAACCAAGUUCGUUCUUCGGGGCGUCCACCUCCGCCGGAGUGAAAACCAUGAGCUUCAACUACCCCGAAGUGAGGCGGGAUGAGACCGUCGUGGACGACUACUUCGGGACCAAGAUAAGCGACCCGUACCGAUGGCUCGAAGACCCGGACUCCAAAGAGACGAAGGAGUUCAUAGACGCGGAGAACAACAUCACGCGGCCCUACCUGGACUCGUGUCCCGUGAAGAAAGACAUCAACGACCGUUUGACGGAGCUGUGGAACUACCCGAAAUACUCGUGCCCGUUCAGACGGGGCGACCGGUACUUCUUCUUCAAGAAUACGGGGCUGCAGAACCAGAGUGUCCUCUACGUCCAAGACACUCUGGACGGCGAACCUCGCGUGUUCCUGGACCCCAACAAGCUGUCUGAAGACGGCACCGUGGCGCUGUCGGGCAGCCGCUUCACGGAAGAUGGCGCCACCUUCGCCUACGGACUGAGUGCUAGCGGGUCCGACUGGAUCACCAUACAUUUUAAGGAUGUCGCUACAGGUGAAGAUUACCCAGAAGUGCUUGAAAAGGUGAAAUUUGCGUCCAUGUCCUGGUCUAAGGACAACAAAGGAUUAUUCUACUCUCGCUACCCGGACCAAACCGGAAAGACGGAUGGCUCGGAGACGGAAGUGAACCGCGACCAGAAGCUGUGCUACCACCGCCUCAACACGGCGCAGUCCGACGACGUGCUCGUGGUCGAGUUCCCGGAGGAGCCGCUGUGGAGGAUUGGAGCAGAAGUGACAGACUGCGGCAAAUACCUGAUCGUGUCUCCGGUGAAGGACUGCCGCGACAACCUGCUCUACUUCGCGGACCUCGGCAAGAGCCCCGACAUCAGCGGGAAACUGCCGCUCACGCAGAUCGUCUUCAAGUUUGAAGCUGAUUAUGAGUACAUAACGAACGAGGGCUCGGUGUGCAUCUUCAGGACGAACAAGGACGCGCCCAACUACCGCCUCAUCAAGAUCGACCUCGACAACCCCGCGCAAGAGAACUGGGAGACGCUCAUCGCUGAAGACGAGAAAGACGUGUUGGACUGGGCGUCAGCUGUAGACAAAGACAAGCUAGUCAUUCACUACGUUAGAGAUGUUAAGAGCGUCCUGCAACUACACAGCCUCACCACGGGCAAGAUGCUACAAACCUUCGACCUGGCCGUCGGCUCCGUGGUCGGCUUCUCCGGCAAGAAGGAGCAGUCGGAGAUCUUCUACGCAUUCUCGUCCUUCUUGACCCCUGGCGUCAUCUACCAUGUGGACUUUAAGAAGACGCCGCUGAAGCCUACGGUAUUCCGUGAAGUAGAAGUGAAAGGUUUCGACGCGUCGCAGUACGAAGUGAAACAAGUGUUCUACCCGAGCAAGGACGGCACUAAAGUUCCCAUGUUCAUCGUCCACAAGAAGGAUCUGAAGCAGGACGGGUCCAACCCGGCCCUGGUGUACGGCUACGGGGGCUUCAACAUCAACAUCCAGCCGAGCUUCAGCGUGACGCGGCUGGUGUUCAUGCAGCACCUCGACGGCAUCGUAGCUAUACCGAACAUACGCGGUGGCGGUGAAUACGGCGAGCGCUGGCACAACGCCGGCCGGCUGCUCAACAAGCAGAACGUGUUCGACGACUUCCAAUCAGCUGCUGAAUACCUGGUCAAAGAGAACUACACCCGCCCCGGCCUUAUAACUAUCCAGGGCGGGUCUAACGGGGGCCUGUUAGUGGCUGCUUGCAUCAACCAGCGCCCCGACCUAUACGGGGCUGCUAUUGUGCAAGUUGGAGUGCUGGACAUGCUCCGCUUCCAGAAGUUCACGAUCGGGCACGCGUGGGUGUCGGACUACGGCAGCUCCGACGACGAGGCGCAGUUCCGCUACUUGCUAAAAUACUCGCCGCUGCACAACAUCGCGCCGCCCGAUGGCAAUGGCAGACCAGAAUACCCCGCGACGCUAGUCCUGACAGCAGACCACGACGACCGCGUAGUCCCGCUACACUCGCUCAAGUUCAUCGCGGCGCUACAGCACGCAGUGAAAGGCAGCCCGCAGCGCCGCCCGCUGCUGGCGAGGAUCGACACCAAGGCGGGCCACGGCGGCGGGAAGCCUACUGCUAAGAUUAUCGAGGAGCACACCGACAUCCUGUGCUUCAUGUCUCAGGCGCUGGAGCUCAAGUUCCACAAGUGAGCGCCGCCGGCAGGCAUCAUCCACACCCGACACACCAUUAUAAUACCUAGCACCGACAGUUACUAUAUGUACUAAGUGCGAGUUUUUAUCUUCAUUCGAAGUUUGAUAAGUAAAUGUAAAUGAAUAUUUGCGUCAUUCGCAAUACAGCGACUUUCAAUUGUUUCUUUUUGGCGAUCGAGGUCCUAAAAAACUCGUACUUGGUUAAACUUAUGAAGUAAAGUAUAUUAACCGUUAUCCACACAAAAAUAGUACUUGGGCAUGCACUUUACUUAUUUUUUUGUGCUCAUUUUUUUUUUAUACGCACACAAUGAAAUUACAUAAUAUAAUCGAAAGACUGCAAAUAGGUAUUGUAAUGUUAUUUAUGCUGCUUUCUGGAAUUUAUAGCAUUACAGCAGCAUAAUUUUAAGUGAAUAUUAUAAUGUAUUUAGUUUUAACGGCUCUGCCAACCCAGGACUUGUACCUACUACCUAUUAUAAGGACGCUAUUCUUACUGUAAUAUUAAUGAUAAUUCUUUUGAGUAUUAUGUAAAUAAUUACAGGGUCACAUUGUCCAGCCUAUGAGGCAGUCAAAAUCUAACUUUUCCAUUAUUAUUUAUAAUUAAAAGCAGCAGUAUAGGCGAUGGAGAAUGCCGCCAACACUGCGUAGUCAUAAAGACGCCGAAAAAACAUACUGGCGAAUAAGUCACUAUUGAUACUUUAUGUAUUGGUCUAGCCAAUCCGAAUUUUGAGAUUAAAAUGGCUACCUGUGAUCCAAUCACAAUGCAGCACCAGAAUUUGUCAUCUUCAAUUAAAACUACUUUCGUGAACAUCUUAUAAAACUUAUAGCAUUUAAUGUAUACUGCCAUCCUUUCCCUCAUCACAGUAUUUACCAUAUAAUUUUUUGUGCCAAUAUACUCAUUUAUUUCUAAAUAAAGAGUAUACACCUGUAACUUGUCAUUGUCCAUAAUAUGUGUUACCAUUUUUACAAUUAACAAUACCAAUUUAAUUAUUUUUUUAAGUUUAUUGUUAUAAUAAUAGCAAUUCGGUAAUACAAUAACAUAGUUUUAUUUUUCAAUAUCAGAUAAACCAUCUUAUUUACUAACGAAAGAACAUUGUAUCCUAGACUAGACCACCGUACACUUAUGAUUUCCUGUUGAGACUGGUGAUAUUGUUAUCAAAUUGCUGCUAAUUUUUUUAAUAAUAAAACUUUGUUUUUAUUUUUA